AUGCAGCGAAGGGUUGGCUUGAACGAACUCAUUCAAGCUUCAGGAGUGACGCCCCUUGGCCAACGCCAAGCCAUUCUACCCGCACCCACCCAGCCUGCCAUUGUUGCCAGCGAAGAGGACCAUGCACAGGCGCGAAACAUUCUUCUAGAGCGCAGAGCCAAACCCGCUGAGACCAAGAAGGGGUUGAAGAGCAUCUUUAAGAGUUCAAAAGACAAGGAUAAAUCCCAGGACGCCGCCCUCUUCUCCCAGGAUGAGCUGGACCAAGCCUUGUCAGCCGUCAUUCGCGAUGCAACCACAGGGCCUGGCUUGAUUCAGGCCUUCCUUAGUCUCGGAGCCAAGGUCAACGUCAUCGAAACCCUGGACAAGAAGAAGAAAUCCGGAGCCCAAGCCAACACCUCGCUACGCCGCCGAAGCACUGUCUUGCAGCAGGCCGCCAGCCUACGAAAGGCGGAUGGCGUCAAUAUUCUGGCCAGCUCUGGUGCUGACCAGACCACCUUGGACGAAGCACUCAAAGCCGCCCUCAGUGCAAACGACCAUGCGUGCAUCACUGAGCUGUUGAGGCACGGUGCCAACUUGAACAACUUCCCAAAUGCCUUGGCCAACGCUGUGCGGUCUAAUGACCUCAAUCUUGUUCGACUUCUACUACGAGCCCCAAAGCCUCUUCGCCCCGAUAUCAUAUCAUCAUGCCUGCCUGCUGCUGUCGAGCAGACCUCUGACGUAACCAUAUCUCUACUAAUCACAUAUGGAGCCGACCCAAACUUCGACACGGCAAGCGCUCUAAACAUGGCCAUUGGAAGACAGUAUUACAAAGUUGCCGUUGCUUUGGUUUCCGGUCCCAUUCGUCUGACUCCAUCAAAUCUGCAACAUUCACUCGACACGACAAUGAGACUUCCGACACGUCAGGCAACUCUUCAAUUUCUCCAGCUUCUCUUCUGCUGUGGCCUACCUCCCGACAGCAGGGGCUUGUCUGAUUUCCUCAUCUGCGUCGUACGUGGAAAUGACACUGCUGGUGCACGGAUGAUGAUUAGUUAUGGCGUCUCCACGACAACAAAUGAAGCAGAGUGCUUGAGGGAGGCUCUGGCCAACUCCAACUGGGCUAUAGUGGAUGCUAUCCUUCAGACCCCACUGGCCCAACAGCAUGCAGUAGCUGCACUAAAUGCUCUGCCACGUAACAUGCCACAACCGGAUAGAUUCCGGGUAGUUAGUGCAUUGCUACAAAAGGGUGUAAAAGGUCGCCCGCUUGGUCCACUACUUACCCAGGCCAUCAAAGAAAGAGAUUAUAAGCUGGUAGAGCUUCUUCUUGGAGCUGAUGCACCAGUUGAAUCGGGCGACGGCGGGGCUCUGCAUGCUGCCGUUUUCAACAAGGACCUCCAGGCACUGAAGUUGCUUCUCAACACACGGCCAUCACCUGAGGCUCUGGGAGAAGUAUUCAGACUUCUACAAAACGGAUUUACAGCAUCUGAACGACGUGAAUUUUCUCGCUUGCUGCUCGAAAAUGGCGCACGUGGCCCUGGUGUUGAUCAUGCUCUCGUCGAUGCGAUCGCGGAUACCUCUUCUGCGCGAGACGUGGCCCUUAUAACAGACCUGGUUCGGAAAGGUGCAAGCGUUGAUUACGAUAAAGGCAGAGUAUUUUCCCUGGCGGUUGCCCAAGCUGACAUGUCCCUUUUGCGUCUGCUUUGCAAUGCAAGACCAAAACCCUCGUCGACUUCGGCGGCCCUUCCCCUAGUAUUUGAAUCCCAUGCUGGAAGACAUGCUAAAGCGCUUGAAAUCAUCGAAUUACUACUAAGCCAGGGAGUUGAGGAAGAGCCAGCCGGUCAAGCGUUACAACUUGCCAUCAAAGGUGGCCCAGGCAACAUCGACAUCAUCGAACGGAUUCUCACUGCAAGCCCCAGUCUUCUCAGCAUUGCGUUCAAACACGCCACUGCAAUCGAAGACCCUCAGAAGAAGGCCCCGAUCCUAGACGCACUUCUGAAGCUCGGAGUACCCCAAGAGUCCUUGGACCAGGCCCUCGCUGCUGAAACACGGCACGCUGUCUCGACAAAGGACACAACUAGUACCAAGCUGUUGUUGGGACAAGGUGCUUCUGUGAGUCACAACAAUGGCGAGGCUCUGAGUGUUGCAGUGGCCUCGGGUGAUAGUUCGCUAACGGCAUUGCUUCUCAGUGGGAAACACCAAGCAUCGCGACCUAGUCUUACUCGAGCCUUCCAAACACUAUUCACUGACAAGAACCUUUCGCUUGCCGAGAACAAGAAGAAUGCUAAUCAGCUAGCGCAAGAGCUUCUCAAUCGCGGUGUCGACCAACCCGCCAUCGACGCUGCUCUACGUGCUGUUCUGAGCAGUGAGCACGAUAGCAACAACACUGAGCCCCUGGUAGAUCUCCUACUCUCUCACAAUGCCGAUGUCAACACAGCAGACGGUGCUUGCUUUGUUCUUGCAACGCAAAAGCACAGUCACACCAUAUUUGAGAAGCUCAUGCUUCACAAUCCCCAGUUCAAUGUCAUUGUCCCAGCGUUAUUAAGCUCCAAAUUGCAAGACGAAGUUGUCUUUUCGGCAAUACAAUCAUGUUUUGAUUCUGGAUUCGCAAUUGAUGACAUGGCAACUGGUAACAACAAGAUGCCGAUUUUGAUCACCGCCAUGACCGUCUACCCACGCAAUGCUGCUCUCAUCACGCUUCUUCUCAGUCACGGUCUGAAUCCAAAUGUAUCGGUUCCCACAGUGCUCCACCCGGCGGCUGGUCCGGAGACAGUCCCCGCACUUUACUGGGCACUAGCUCAACCGCAAAAGCGCAUCUCAGAUGCCGUGAUCUCCGCACUGAUGGAAGCCGGUGCUUCCGUGAGCAACAUCUCGCCCGUCUCGGAAACGACGGUGCUUAUGCUUGCCGCGCGAGAGGGACGCCACGGUAUCCUUACUGCGCUACUAGAGCGAAGCCCGGACGUUGAUGCCCGAGACAAGUGGAACAAGUCUGCACUGUUCUACGCCAGUGGUAGUCUAUCUGGAGAAGCCUUGGUGAAAACACUAGCCCCACACACCGCAGGGAACGAUGGUAGCAUACACGAAUCAGCACGAGAGCUGAAUGUCGAGUCCGUCAAAGCCCUGCUCGAACAUGGUCAUGAUCCAAACUACCCAUCUCGACUCCAUGGCGGCAGGAAUGCCCUUGGCGAACUCUGUCUCAAUGCCAAUGUCAUAACUCCCACCCACCGCUCCCGACUCCGCCAGGUAAUCCGCCUUCUACUCUCCAACGGUGCAAACGCCAAAUUCCGCGCCCGAAACGAAAAGUCCAGCAUCAUCCUCGCCCUCGACAACCCCUACAGCGCCCUCCCCAUCACCGAAACUCUCCUCGAAACCGACAUCUGGAAAGACCUAAACGAUCCAUCCCACAUCUACCACGACCCAGCCUCCAACCUCCACUACUCCCCUUACUCCUACGUCGACCUCCUCCCAACCCCCUCCCGCACCCCCAUCCGCCCUGCCCUCCUCGACCUCCUCCGCGACAAAGCCUGCAUCCCAGUCUACUACUCGUCCUCAGCCCUUCAACCCGUCGGCGCAACCGGCCUCCCCGCCCCCAUCGCCGCCCUCGUCGACAAGCAAAAAGACCACGACCUCAGCAUCCGCCACGAAAAAGAAAAAUUCGAACACCAACGCUCCAUGCACGAACUCUCCCACAAGGACUCUCUCCGCCGCAAAUCAGAAGCCCUAGAUGCCGAUCUCGCCCGCCAGGCUAAAGCUACAAAACAGUACACCCUACUUGAGCAGCAGAAACACGAAUUCGAAGUCCAGCGCCUGCGCGAGGCUGAGCGCACAAGGCGUGCGGAGAAGGCAGCGUGGCAUGCACUACUCACUGAACAGGAGCGCGAAGCAGCGGCCAGACGUGCGGAAGUUGAAGAGAGGAAGGUCAGAGAUGCGAUGAGUGCGGAGCUGAAAAUGAUUGAGCAGCGCAAAAUGGAGGUUGAGCAUCGGGCCGGCGUCGAGCGCAAGAUGUUAGCGGAGAAAGAAGAGUUUUAUGAGAGAAAUGUUAGGAGGCAAAGGGAGGUGAGGCAGAUUGAGGGGGGUGGCAAUGCUGGGACGGCGCAGUGGGGGACCGUUGAUUAA